UAUGUAAAGCGCGAAAGACAUCGAUAUCGUUAACUAGAGUGCGUACUGAAUAUCGUAUCUACAUACAUAUGCCUAAGUGUAGGUGGAUCUGCCUGUAUUCUUGAAAAGAUCCGAAGCCCUUUAGAAAAAUGUCAUCGUUGUUAAAAAACUGUUGGAGGCUGUCACAAAAUCUAUCUAUUACAACACCAAAAUGUUAUCCAAAAUUUCUUCCCUUCAUGAGAACAAGUACCACGGAAACUGAAAAAACAGAAUUACAACCAACAAUGCGUAAAAUCAGAACAGAUGUAGAAGCCAUAAAGGAUAUGGGUUUAUAUAUUAGUGCAUGCUUACCAAAGUAUGUGCAGAAGGUUCAAAUAAAUGCUGGCGAUGAACUUGAAAUAUUAGUUUGUCCACAAGGAAUUAUUCCAACGCUAAACUUUUUGAAAUGUCAUCAUAAUACUCAGUUCACUUCAUUAUCAGAUCUAACUGCAGUAGAUGUUCCUUCUCGAAAAUAUAGAUUUGAGGUUGUCUACAAUCUUCUUUCUCUUACUUUUAAUUCACGUAUUAGGGUAAAAACAUACACAGAUGAAUUGACACCUAUACAGUCAGCAGAAAGUGUUUAUAAUGCUGCUAACUGGUACGAACGAGAAGUGUGGGACAUGUAUGGUAUACUAUUUUUGGGUAAUUCAGAUCUUCGUAGAAUUCUCACAGAUUAUGGUUUUGAAGGACAUCCAUUAAGAAAAGAUUUUCCUUUAAGCGGUUUUGUUGAGGUACGCUAUGAUGAUGAAUACAAGAGAGUAGUAUGCGAACCGCUAGAAUUAACGCAAGAAUUUCGCAAAUUUGAAUUAUCCACUCCAUGGGAACAAUUCCCUAAUUUUCGUCCUGCUGAACCUGAAAAAAGUAAGGAAGAAGAUUCAUCUAGAGAUAAAAAGUAAAUUACAUUUUUAUUGUAUGUUAUAAACAUGUAUUGAAAGAAACAUGUGUUAGUCUUUAUAUUAAUAUUUAUUUAAUACUACCGUGCAUUCUUUUCAAUAAAAUAGAUACAAAGUAUGACAACGAAAA